AAAGUAUCCAGCACUCUGAGCUUCAGGGAACAGGGAUGGCUAGUCUCUUUGCUUUAGUGGAAUUUGGACCAUGCUGAGAUACAUUUUUGCUCUUUGGAAUAGUGGCUAUGCUUAUUACACCUUUGGGUUCUUGUUCCUUAUCAUAGUCUUGUGGCAAUUCUGUUAUGGGUUUAGGAAAACCCAACAGAGCUGCUGCCGGCGUCAAAGAAAAGUCCAAAGGAGUUUCAAAGGCACAGAACAAAGAGUUUGGAGAUCUUCCCAGGAAGACAUCAAGACCCCCUUGGAACUGUUGUCCAUCCUGAAAAGCCAAACCUUUCCCAAAGAAAGCAGUGUUCGGAAGCUUCUGUGUAAAGACCCUGCCUGCUCGGUCUGUAAUACUGUGGCCUUGGAAACGAAGUUCCUGCUAUCUGGUGAGAAAGACUUGCAUUCUCCUCCACUGCUGAACACAUCGCCCGGGUCUUCUUGCUUAGAGGCUAUGACUAUGUCCACUUACUCUUUUGACCAAAGUUUGGACCUAAGCUCAUCUGCGGAAUCCCUGUUGUCCCCACUCCCGGUCCAAACUCCUUUAACUCAGAUGGGCUCCCUGCCCCCUCCCGGGGUCCCAGAGCACUGGACUGAACAGCUCCACCUGGGGAAGAAGCUCUACAUCGCCAGCCUGUCCAGAACGCCCUCCGAAGCCUCUUCUUCCAGUCCAGAGAAACUCAAGAACCCGGUCCUAAAGCCGGAUGCCAGUGACGAUGGGGAUCCACCUGCCACCCAGAUCAGCAAGACCGGGGCUUUUAAAUCCAAAGACAUCCUGCUGAACACCGAGUUCCUCCAGAUGACCCGGCGCCCUUCCACCAUCACGGCCCUCACGGUUUUGCCCACCACCCUUUCGUUCAUUAGCCCCGAAGUCCGGCAGCUUCUAGAGGUGCACAUCAAGAAGAGGGUACAUUUCCAGAGGUGGGGUCUCCCCAAGAGGGUGGAAGAGUCACUCAAACUCAUGGCGGACCCCCCCCAUUACCUCCCGGGGAACCCCGCAGUCCCUCACAUCCCAGAAGAGGUCUCCAAGGCAGCGGCGGCGGCGGCGGAGGCGAGCCCGGCGGCCGCCCGCCCCUCAGUACCAUGGCGGGCAGAGCAGCCCAGUCAGUGCUCCUCGGGCUCCAAGAUGAUCCCUGCCGAGUUAGCAAGAGCACCGCCCAAGAGAGCUUCUGAGGAGCACCCAAGCCCUGCCAGCGCAGACCCCGACCUGAACAGCUUGUGUCCCCCGAGUGGGGGGCCUCCCAAGGUCAAGAGUCACUAUCUGCAGCAGCAAUACAGCCAGCUCUACUGGGGCCUCCCUUCCCUGCACAGCGAAUCCCUGGUGGCCACCUUCCUGAGGCAAGACAACGUCUCCUCCUCCAUGAGCAGGAACAAGAUUUCCUCCGUGGACAGUACUUUUCUCUUCAAUGAACUGUCGUUCCUGCCCUUGGUGCCACAGUUAACCCCCCCUCCCUCUCCACCUGCUCCAAUGGGGAGCAUCAUCAAAACGCCUGAAGAGACCCAAAUCAACGUCCCGUUCCUCAGCGUAGGGGAGUGUGAGACCCUGGAAUGGCAUCUGCUGCAGAGACAGCUGCAGGUGAUGUGGGGCCUGCCCCCCCUCAUCCAGGGCCAGAGCCCCCUCGAUCAGGACCUCUGUGAGGCAGACCAGGUCCUCAUGCCUCCGUGGCACAAAAUGAACGUCUCGGUCCUCACGAGGGAGCUUUUCUUCUUCCCGGACCAUGCCCGCAGGCUCCUCGAGCUCCAUUUUCAGAGGCGGCUCCUUCAGCACCAGAUGGAGUCGUCUCUGGCCAUCCAAGAGUCCGCCUCCCUGCUGCUGUCCCCAGGGGACCAGCUCCAAGUCCCCGAGAGCGCCCUGAGCAACGUGCACAUGAGAAUCCACCAGAACGAGAAUUCCCAACUCGGGAUGCUCCAGCCGGCUCCCCCCAUCCUGAUUCCGGCCCGCUUCCUUGAGCCUGAAAUCUAUGCCAAAGCUAAGGAGAUUGUGCAGAUGCACAUCGAGAAAAAAUGUUUACAGAUCAAACAAGGGAUCUUUCCAGACAUCAUCUGUGGGUCGUGGGACAUCGGGAACCAGUUAUCUGCGGGGGACCUUCCUGGCCAGAGAACACUGGAAGCUGCUCACUCCUAUAUGGAGUCGGAAGGCCUGGCUUUCCAGGAUCCAAAUGCAACAGCAUGGAUGGAGCUGAGCAUGGACCAAGAACCUCUCACGCCGCUGGCCAGAAGCGUUAGGCAGCCAGACCAGGCUGUGACUCUCCCACAGAGCAUGAUUGAGAAACUGGAAAUGAUUUUGAGACACAAAUACUUGGCUUUCUUAUCGGGAUUACCGGCUCUUUAUUACGUGGCUCUCUACAGGGCAAUAUCCCCUUUAGCUAUUUCCCAAACUGAUGUACCCAACUUGGGGCAAGGGACUGUGAAGGAACAAAUCGACCCCAUGAGCUACAGGAUUUGGGCUGAAGAACAACAAUUACUUCCCCCCAAAGCAGAAGUGAGCAAUUCCACCAUGAAUCCUGGGGGCGCUGGAAAUGAAGUGUCGGUUUCCCAGCAGAUAAUAGUCUCAGAGGCAGUACCAAAAAGAGAAGAUGCUAAACAGGGCUCAGAGGAAAUAGAUGAUCUGAGAGGGUUAGUUUACCCAGAGUGUCCCUAUUCGCCAAGCAAGUCUGUCAUCUUGACCAUGAUGGAUUCCCACGUAAGGAAAAAGGUGUUAGAAGUCAGUCUGGGGAUUCCCCAAAAAGCUAUAGAAUCUAGGGAACUCUCUGAAGCUCUGGAAUCUCCUUUACCCGAUCCUUGCUUAGGCCUUGUUCCCAUCAUGAAUCCAGAAAGUCCCAACGAGCUGCGAGGAAUUCUCAGCAGCCCAGAGAACCAAGAGUUCCCAGAAAUGUGCUCAUCCCCGGUAGCUCUAGAUGCCAAAGUUCCAAGCUGGACGUACUUUAAGGAGCAGCUCUCCAGCGAGCUGGAGCUUAGUUUGAUGAGGAUAUCAGGGAGCCAGACUCAAAGCUGCCCCACGGCCAUUCCCCUGACAUCGCCCCAGAUCCCCAGCCUCCCGGUCUCCAAGGCCGCUCAGUCGCAUUCCCAGAGAAAGCCCAGUGGGGACAUGGCUAACACCCAAGUGCUCCACGUCCACUUGGAGACGGAACGGAGCAACCGGGGCCAGAGGGAGUUCUGGAAGAUGGAGCCGCAGACCCCCUGGGAUGGCCAGGCCAAGGCCAUCAGCUCAACCUCCACCAAGAUAGAAGGCUCCAAAGGAAAAGACCAGGGUGGGGGGGAUGCAGGCUGGGGGACCUCUUCUUUCAAAAGAAGGACUCACGCCCUCAAGGCUAGAAAGCCAAUGAAGUCUUCUCUGAGCAGGACCCACAGAUCCCCACAUCCAGGGAACAGGGACCAUAAUCAGACCGCCCCCUUCCAGGAGCUUCCCCAAUUUUUCUCCAAAGAUGAGAAUUCAGGAGCACUUCUGAGAGCGCCGAGGAGGAAAGAGGCUGAGAGGAACGGCUAUGAAGGUGGCCCAAGGAAGCCGAAAGCCUCGUCUCCUCCAACAAGGGACCCUGAGCACCCCCAACCCAGUGGCCCUAAAAAUCCCAGCAAAGUGGCUCAGAGAGCAAAAUACGUGCAAGUCCCAGAGCGGACAGUUUAUGCUCCCCGGGGUCAAACCCCUUCAGAAAACAGCUUUAGGGAAAAGGUCAAGCACUUUCUUCAUUGGCUCAGCUUCAGGAAAAAACUUAGGAGUCAGAGCUCCUCUCACACCUUCCCCUGGGCUGAGGUGUCCCGGUCAGGGAAGGAUCUUCCUAAGCAGGCCCUGAGCUCAGGCAAAGGCUCCACGAGUAAGGGAUGGAAAGCCAAGAAGAAUGUGGAAUUCAAGGAGCACUACUACCCAUUCACAAGUAAGAGCUUCUUCGGCAGCGCGGAGGCUCCCCCGACCAGUCAGGUUCACCAUCCCGACUGCCACGCGGGCCACCAACACUUCUGGACCUCGGAACUGUGCUCCUGCUGUCACUGUUCGGAAAUGUCCAUUCAGCAGGAAACCCACCCCCCUUCCCUCCUGCCUUCUGAGAAAAACUUUUGCUCCCUCAGAAAAAGAGCCCAGUCCCAACAGAGAGAGCGAGUUCAUUCUCAUGAAUGCAUCCCCUCUGAGGAGGACAGUAUUCAUUUCCAUUAAUGAGGGCCACCGUCCUUCCCAAAUACAUUCUAUUCCUCUAAUGGGAGAGCAGAGUCUUCUGUCCCUUCACCCACCCACCCCCUACUCUGUUGUUUGGGGCUUGGGGGGAAGAGGGGUGGGAGAACUGCCAUGCCCCAAGGUCUUUCUCAUCAGGACUUCCUGCAAUCUCUGACUGGCAUUCCAGAGAGAGGUGCUGCUGGUCUACCACAGCAAUGGGAGGAGAAAUUAGGUGCAAAGAAGAAAGAGGAUUGGGGAUUCAACCAGUUUCCCUUGAUAUCUGAGCAAAUGGGGAAUAAAGCAAUGUGGGUUAGAUGAGUGUACAUUCUGGUGGAUUUGCAGUCGGCUCCCCCCGCCCCGGCUCCCCUGCUCUCCACUCUCCCCACCCAGUGUUCCGUCUUUGUCAACUUGGUGGCUCUAACAGGGUACCACAGGGCUCUGGGCCUGGCCUGUUUAAAGAUCUUUUUCAGUGACCUGAAUAAAAGAGAACAUAAUGCUUGAUAUUACCGAUGACAUAAAGCUAGAAAGACAGAAUCGAGAUUUUAGAUGAUUUCAUUGUAUUUGAAUUCUGGACUCGAGCAGCAAGACUCAGUUUUCACAGAGACAAAUGUAGGGGUCGUGCAUUCAUCU